AUGUCGAAAGCCAUUGUCAAAACCACUUUUGAGGCGACUCGCACUCUGCGCCCCAUCUACACCGGCGGCAGUACGUCCCUGGAUGCCAGCGGUCGUAUUCUAUUGAGUUGCGUUGGCGAAGAUGCCUUGAUCGUGGAUUUAGAAACCGGCGACCAACUCGCUAGUUUGGAAGGAGAUGGCGAAGUUAUCACAAGCUUGGCGAUUUCCCCGUCUGCCUCGCACGCUGUCAUCUGCUCGCGGUCAAUGUCCAUGCGCAUAUACAGCCUUUCACCCUUCGAUGAGACCUCUAAGACCAUUCAAGCCGAAUUGGUUCGGACCCUAAAGCCACAUACCGCACCUGUCAUCUCAGCUGCGAUUGACCCAACCAGCACACUUUUGGCUGUUGGUGGUGCAGAUGGUAGCAUCAAAGUUUUUGAUAUCCGUGGCGGUUAUGUGACGCAUACUUUCCACGACCGGGGAAUUAUCUCUGCACUCUGCUUUUUCGAGCUCUCUGUCAGCGACACCAAGUCAAGCUCGAAGAAAUCAAAGAAGGCAUCCGGAGAUGACGAUGAGGAUAUGGACGAUGUUGCCCUGGCUGCUACGGACUCCACAGCAGGAUUCCGUCUAGCAAGUGGCUCAGAGGAGGGCAAGGUUCGCGUUUGGGAUUUGCACAAGCGAAAAUCCAUUGCAGUGCUUGAAUCCCAUGUCUCCCUCGUGCGCAGCAUUUCGUACUCCUCGUCGGAGAAUGCCCUUCUGUCAGCAUCUCGAGAUAAAACUGUGAUUGUUUGGGAUGCACGCACCUGGAAAACUCGCCGAAUAAUCCCCGUACUUGAGAGCGUGGAAGCCGCCGCGUUUAUCGCUGACAGCGGUUUGUGUGUUAUUGGUGGAGAGAACGGCAAACUACGUGUAUGGGACUGCAAUCGCGGUAGUGAAGUUACAGAGGACCAAGAGGCUGGUGAGGAGUUUGAAACUAUUGUCGCCAUUCAAUACUCGCCUGGUCUACCCUUCGUCAUGACAGUGCAUGCAGACCAGACAAUUCGCAUCCAUUCUAUUGAGCAACUGUCGGAUUACAAAACUGGCUCGACCAUCCAACCACUUGCUAUCAUUCGACGAAUUUCUGGCAAUGAUGACGAAUAUAUUGACUUGGCUUUUGCUGGCCCCGAUCGUUCUUUGCUUGCCCUGGCCACCAACACAGAGAGUAUCCGUCUAGUAUCCGUUGCACCUUCGGAAGACCGACCUUCCGCUCAGGGUGAUGAGUUUUUUGGAGCUGAUGUUGAUCACUUGGAAGGUCAUGAGGAUAUUAUUAUCUGUCUUGAUACGGAUUGGUCCGGUCACUGGCUAGCUACUGGCGCUAAGGACAAUACCGCUCGUCUCUGGCGCCUAGACCCUAAGAACUCUUCAUUUGAGUGCUUUGCUGUUCUCACUGGUCAUGCUGAAUCCCUGGGUGCCAUUGCUCUACCGCGGGUUCCACCACCUGCCGGUACCCCCGCCUAUAACGACCCUAUCAACCAUCCCCCCACUUUCCUAAUGACUGGCUCUCAGGAUCGAACCAUCAAACGUUGGGACACAGGAAAGCUAGGAUCACUAAAGGGAGGAAAACCGCAUUCUCCCAAGGCUAUCUAUACGCGAAAGGCACACGAGAAGGAUAUCAAUGCCCUCGACAUUGACUCUUCGUCAGCUUUCUUUGCAUCUGCUUCCCAGGAUCGCACUGUCAAGAUUUGGGAUACUGAAGAGGGAUCUGCCGUAGGCAUUCUUCGAGGACACAAGCGUGGUGUGUGGUCGGUACGGUUUUCUCCCAAAAAUAUCCCCAUUGUCAAUGCCGAGGGUGGAACUAGUACAAGCCGUGGUCUUGUAGCCACCGCAUCUGGAGAUAAGACUGUCAAACUCUUCAGCUUGUCUGAUUACAGCUGUCUUCUUACAUUCGAAGGGCACACCAACAGUGUUCUCAAGGUGAUUUGGCUCCCGCCUCCUGAGAUCAACAACGGUGAUGACGAUGAGGAGACAUCCGCAAGUAACAAUUCUCUUCCUACCAAGCCUCUUCUGGCCAGUGCUGCAGCAGAUGGCUUGGUGAAAGUCUGGAAUCCUUACACUGGCGAGUUGGAGACAACUCUGGAUAAUCAUACCGAUCGUGUCUGGGCACUCGCCAGUCCAACGCCCUCUGGCUCCCGAGGCGAUGUCAAGCCAGCCUCCUCUAAGUUGAAUUCUACCCCUUACGCCCUGGUAUCUGGAUCAGCCGACUCUACUGUCACUUUUUGGACCGAUACAACAUCUGCAACCUACACAGCUACUGUCAAUGCCCAAUCAGAACGCGUUGAGCAAGACCAACAGCUGCAAAACCACAUUCGUGCAGGUAAUUAUCGCGAAGCCAUCACGCUCGCGCUGCAGCUCAACCACCCAAGCCGACUCCUCGCGAUUUUCACUUCUGCGAUCGACGUUGCCGAGGAUCCCACCCGGUCUGCUGAAGAACGUGCACUCUCGGCAAACAGCCUCAGUGGCAAUCCUGCCAUUGAUGAGGUACUCCAGACGCUUGGAACAGCUAACCUUCGGACACUGUUGCUCCGUCUUCGUGACUGGAACACCAAUGCCCGGACCUCGCGUGUGUCGCAACGCAUCCUCUAUGCACUUUUCCGUUCCUACCCGGCCUCGACCUUCGUCGAGCUGGCCACGCAAUCUGUGCGAGGCAAGAAUGGUCACGCUGCGGCUGGCCUGAAAGACAUUCUGCACGCGCUGUCAGUAUACACGGAGCGACACUACAAGCGGGUUGAGGAACUUACAGACGACUCUUAUCUCGUCGAAUGGGUCCUUGCUGAGAUGGACGGUGGUGUUGGCCUCGGAGGACUGAUGAGUCUGGAUGUUAACGAUGCCAAUGGCGAUGUGGAGGAGCAUGAGAAGGAUUUUAUCAUGCUGGAGGCUUGA